AUGCUAGCUUCCAAACUCCGCCCCGCGGCCACGCACUUUGGCCGCUACGCCCUCCCUCUCCGCCACCAAUCCACCACCGCCGCGACCCCCGCAACAACAAGCUACGAAUACAUCAAAGUCUCAACGCCCCGUCCAGGAGUCAGUCUAAUCGAACUCCACCGCCCCAAAGCCCUCAACGCCCUCUUCACACCCUUAAUCCACGAACUCAACGCCGCGAUGAAAUCCCUCGAUCAAGACUCCACCAUCGGCGCCAURGUCCUCACAGGCUCCCACAAAGCAUUCGCCGCAGGAGCAGACAUCAAAGAAAUGUCCACGAAAAACUUCGCGGAUGCGUAUGGUGUGGAUUUUAUUGAGUCGUGGUCGGAAUUGCCGAAUACGGUUAAAAAACCUGUCAUUUCUGCUGUUAAUGGACAUGCGUUGGGAGGUGGGUGUGAAUUGGCUAUGAUGUGUGAUGUGUUGUAUUGUAGUGAAAAGGCGAAUUUUGGACAGCCCGAGAUUAAAUUGGGAGUUAUUCCUGGAGCGGGAGGAAGUCAGAGAUUAACGCGGGCGAUUGGGAAGAGUCGAGCUAUGGAGUUGAUUCUUACGGGGAAGAAUUUCAGUGGAAGGGAUGCUUAUGAUUGGGGACUUGCUGCGAGGGUUUUUGAGACUCCCGAGGCUUGUGUGGAGGGGGCGUUGGAUACUGCGGAGACGAUUGCGGGAUACUCUAGAAUUGCUGUCAAGGCUUGUAAGGAGGUGGUGAACAAGAGUCAAGAUUUGGGGAUCCGGGAAGGAGUGGAGUUUGAGAGGAGAGUAUUCCAUGGUUUGUUCGGGAGUGAGGAUCAGAAGAUUGGCAUGAAGGCUUUUGCGGAGAAGAAGAAGGCCGAGUGGAAACAUCGAUGA